UUUCUGUCAGAGAGGUUCUAUGCUAUGACUUGUAAAUGCGUUGGUGAGUCGGGUGUGACCUAUGCGCUGGCGCCACUUCAUCCAUCUUGGUUCAGCCACAUUCUAUGCUAAUUCAAGCCACGUUUGUCACACACGCGAUAGUACGAAACGCGGUUCGGAGAUAAUCUCAAGAUUCAUUCAUUCGCAAGAUGCGAAAGCAAAUACAUGAUCACUAAAAACAAAACAUUUUAUUAAGUAUUGGAUUGUGGGUUCAACGAUUUUUAGUAUUCUUUGUAGCCAUUGUCACAUACCGAAACAAUGGCAGAGGCAACCGUGGACACCCCAACGCCACUCCUGUUAUCGGACAGUGAAAAGCAAGUCCUGGAGUUACAUGACCGCCUUCAGGAACUCCAACUAGAAAUUGCAUUGAUAACUGCUCAGAGAGACUACAAACCAGGUACAGAAAAUAGAAGCAUAGAAGAGGCACAGAAGGCUCUUCUAGAAUCGAGGUCUCAAUAUGUCCUACGCAAUCAAGUAGUAGAGAGCGUUGUGGCAUCCAACCCGAUUCUACAAGCAGUGCAUAAUGGGACGAAAGCGUCACCUAUAGAAAGAGAUUUACUUCCCAUCCUAGAACAGCGCGACCAGUCAUCAUCAACCCUGGCGCAGCAAUCUACAGAGAUGCGCGCUCUUCUAGAUGAAAUUAUUGAGGUGGAGAGUCAGAACCUACGCAUCAGCCGCGAGAACGCGGAACUAGCCGCUACGCUACUAGAUCUCACCAAGCAGGCGAACAAAACCAAGGAUGAGGCGGUACACGCGGAUCCAGAGCGAGCGGCUGAAAUAUCGCGUCUGGAGGAUCAGGUCAAGCUGAGCAGACAGAGAUGGCGCGUGUUGAAGGGAACUGCGAGCGCGGUCGUCGCGGGCAGUGGAGUUGAUUGGGCGCGGGAUCCUCAGUUCAGGGAUAUUGUUCUCGAUCCUGAAGAUGAAGACGUAUAAUGGUAAUAGUUGUGACUGUUUCAUGAUAAGGUGGAAAAGGCGUUUGAUGAUACCCAGAAUGAGCUACAUAGUGAUCUUACUAAUAUAGACACUAUUCUUCCGAUCACUACAACAUAUAGGUGUCGCGUGUAAGCUCACUCUCACCAUCACAUGUUAUUCCGCCCCCUAUAUAUUGCGCUACCAUCUCCCACG